AUGUCGUCGAGAACCUUGGCCCAGAAUGGAGCUUCGCUGAUCAGCCGACUGUUCCGGUCAAAUCCGAUUCUCCACCAGCAAAUUCCUAUCUUGCCGAAUCAUCAUCAACUUCCUCAAGCUGCGCCUCACGCCCUGCGAAUCACACCGCAGCUAUUCCUUUCUCUCCACAAAUUUCCGGCUCCUGAGCAUCCGCCCCAGAUCCACGACUUCUAUUCGAUCCGGAGACUAGCAAAUGAAGGGUUCCUGAAUCCUUGCGGUUUUCCCUCGCUAGAGUUCUUUUUGCCCGAAGGCGAUUCUUCUGAUGAAAUGCUGUUGUUUCCGAAAAGGACAUUCCAACCUAGCACCCUCAGGCGUAAAAGAAACCAUGGAUUCUUUGCACGCAAGGCAACCAAGGGUGGUAGGAAAGUCAUUGCGCGAAGAGUAGCGAAAGGGCGAUUCAGAAUUACUGCCUGA